CUUGUGUCGUGAUUCUAUUUUUGGGAUCCAAGCUCAGCCGCGGUUCAUAGAGACCAGCUUGAAUAAAAGACGUGGCCAAUUCAUAAAUUCAAUUCGGAACCGGGGAGGUCUUGAGGUGCUGUCAAGAGUCGAUGGCGUGGGUUUGGGGAUGGAUGUUGUUGUCGGGUUCCACGCCUUUGGCUCGCAUUAGGUACGACGGCAGUACUGGAAUUACCCACCCAAAGGCGAGCAUUUCGCACUGUACAUUAAGUACCUUGGGGCGGCUGGGUUAUGUACAGUAUAUACGUAGGGUUGGUACGGAGUAUAGAUACAGAGGCGUGCUUUCUUUUUCGACAGCGACAGAGGUGGGGCUAGAUUCUUAGCGUGACAAAGAAUUGGCAAGAGG